AUGAUGUCCCUUUCGCAUCUCGUUGUCGCCACGUUCCUCUGCUUUUCCCUCGUCCAUGGCCACUACAUAUUUCAAACGCUGACCAUCGACGGCCAAAAGUCGCAGCCCAACCAGUAUGUGCGAAAGAACACAAACAACAAUUCGCCUGUCACCGAUCUUUCGUCCCCCGACCUUCGCUGCAACGUCGGCGGUGCCACGGGCGGCUCGACCCAAACCGCGGACGUUCGCGCAGGUGCGACCCUCGGCUUCGUCGCCGACCAAGCCGUGUACCAUCAAGGACCCGUAACCUUUUACAUGACCAAGGUCCCGAGUGCCAGCGCCGCGGACGGGAGCACGCCGUGGUUCAAGAUCGCGGAGAUCGGGCCCAAGUUUUCGGGAAAUUCGGCACAAUGGGAGCUCAGUCAGAGCUAUAGCGCGAAGAUCCCCUCGUGCCUUCCCGCGGGCGAAUAUUUGCUCCGGGUCGAGCAGCUGGCCUUGCACAACCCGGGUGCGCCGCCGCAAUUCUACAUCGGAUGUGGGCAGAUCAAGGUGACUGGCGGCGGAAAUGCGACACCAGGGCCAUUGACACCGAUCCCGGGCCAUGUGAAGGCGUCCGAUCCCGGAUACACCGUCAAUAUUUAUAAUAACUUCGCCUCUUACACCGUGCCGGGGCCGAAGGUAUUCCAGUGUUGA